UGGCAACAUUUUCUUGUCUCUGACAUCUUGUGAUCACAAGACUUCUUCGUUUCGAGUUUUCUGUCAAAGAAGAAAUUGGAGAAAAAAGGCCGUCCCUUUAGGGAUCUUCAGGUUUUAAAAGCUCCAAUUGACGAAAACCUCCAUCAAGAUGAGAUAUUUCCUGACGUACCUGUUUUUGUUGCUGCUGUCGCUCGCCAUACCCAUAUUUUCGUUAUACUAUCUCCUUACUGGAAAGGGUGAGCAAAUCAGUUUCGGAUGGUUCCUCGAGAACACGUCUCCCUACAUGUGGGGGACGUUGGGUAUCGCGUUCGCCGUGUCCUUCUCCGUGGUCGGGGCGGCCAUGGGAAUCCACACGACCGGAGUGAGCAUAGUGGGAGGUGGUGUCAAAGCGCCCAGGAUCAAAACGAAGAACUUGAUCUCCGUUAUUUUCUGUGAAGCUGUGGCCAUUUACGGAUUGAUUACGGCCAUCGUGCUGUCCGGUAUAUUGGAGCAAUAUAAAGAGCCGUUCCUGGAUAUAGCCAUCAAGCAACAGAAUUGGAUGGCUGGGUACGUGAUGUUCGGCGCUGGACUCGCCGUGGGUCUCGUGAACUUGUUCUGCGGCAUCUGCGUCGGGAUCGUGGGAUCGGGAGCGGCUCUCGCCGACGCGGCCAACGCAGCUCUUUUUGUGAAGAUCCUGAUUGUGGAAAUCUUCGGUUCAGCCAUUGGGUUGUUUGGACUGAUUGUUGGAAUAUACAUGACGUCGAGAGUUAAAAUGGGCAACCAGUAACUUGAGCAGAAAGUCUUACUUGAAUUUAAGUUAUACAAGAGCACUGGUACUCCUACCCCGACCUUGACCUGAUCCAACUCGCCGCCAGUGCUUCAAACAAAAAUAUAUUUAUUAAGGAGCAACAAGCUUUGAAUAAGUGUUGGACUUGUAUACUUCGGAAUCUACAUUUCAGAAUUACUAUAUAGAUGUUGUGCGAUUACUAUUUGAUCAUUUUCAGUUUGUACAAUGUUUAUUACCUUAGCACUUAAAAGUCAAAGUCUUGGAAACCAGUUUUUAUGUUUUUGGACCCUUACUAAUAAAACUGUUGAUAGUCAAUGUAAUUUGCAUUAUAAUGUGUAAUACACAUUUUCAUUUUACAAAGGAGCAUGGGCACAUUUGUAUGAAGCUACCUACUAACAGACAUGUUACAUACUUUUAUAUUACCAUAUGUAUAAAAUUUGUGCUCACUGAUGAGUAUGACAGGAUACAAAAUACAUGAGAGAAGAAGAGAUAGGGCUCUACAAAUGUGAUCCAGUGGUGUAGUUUUAAUUCUUCACUUUAAAUAUUAAUGUAAUGUAUUUUCUUCUUUUACAUAGUAAAUUUCAUGGCACUGACGUCGCAUAGCUGUUAAAUGAUAGUUCAUAAUGCCCAUGGCCCUUGGUAAUGUGUGAAUUAAAGUUCCCAUUAUGUUCUGUCAUCAUUUUUGAGAACUUUUGUAUAACUUGACCUGUAUGCCAAAUAUUUUUAUACAUUUAUGUGAUUUCAUCAAAGGUUAUAUUUCAUAAUCAAGUAGUAAAAAAUCAUCUAUAAUAUUCAAGUCUCUAACUUGAUUUAGUUGCCUUUAAUUUUUUUUUUUUUUAAUUUAACCAUGGUUUGACAAUAGUUAAAUAUUUUAACCAUUUUUUUAGAACAUAUUCACUAUAUUAUUCAUUAUGAGGAAUGUAUUUGAUGUUAAAUAAUAUUAUUGUACUUACCCUAAUUUAUAAUGUAACUUCAACCAUAAAAUUGCUUUACCAGGUUUUUGGUUUAGGUUAAAAGUCAUUUGCAGUUUGCACAUCAUACAACUACAUGCUCUAUUUUCGCUUACAAGACCGACAUACAUUUGUAAAAGUCUGAACCUAAGUCAAAUUUUCAUUUACUGGAAGUUGUCAAAAAUGGUAAGCAAUUUUAUGGUCAACUACAAGUUUCUGCUUUUUGUGCUAAGGUUUAAGACAUUUCAUUAUACAGUUUGGAUUGUUAUUAGACAACUUCUUAAUCAAUAGAAUAUGUUUUUUUAAUACCAUAUUAUUAUCACAGUGUCCUGUAUUAAAUUGACUAGAUAUAUGGUGCAUUUUUUAUAUUAUAUUAUAUAUUGUGUCAUCGUAGAAUUUUAUAAUGUGUUACUGAGUAACAAUGUAAAGGAGCUCAUUUGCUAUGACAUGAAAUUGUAACAGAUUAUACGCUGUCCAUGGAGAUAAGUUAGUAUAGGGCUCUCUCUGUCGUAAUCCUAUACAAAUGACAAGGACAAAAAACUCAGUGGGCGUUAACCAUUUUGAGUCACCAACCUAUCACAAACGAAACUAUAUUUUCUGUACUACUCUAUUAGAGAAC